AUAACAAUGGCGAACUUCCUGAAACGGAAAAAGUGGAAUUGAUAUUUAUUCACCGAAUAGUUAUAAUUGCACAGUUUAUAUGACAAGAGGUUAUACUAGUAUUUGACAUAUUGAUGUGUAACACCUCCAGAUAAAUGAAGUUUCAGAAGUUUAGUCGUUGAUUUUAAUCCAAUUCUUUGAUUAUUGGAUUCAAAAUGACGGAAUUAGACAAUGACAACGCAGAAGGGCUGGAUUGUGAGAUCCCCUUUAAAUUUGUUGGACAUGAAGUAAAAAUACAGCUGGCCAAUAAACUGGACCCUGUCAGUGUUGUGACGGGCAAUGAUUGGCGUCUGUUAGCAGAAAAACUCGGCUACACAGCAGAUGAGAUAGAGGUUAUUAUAGAACAAAGACAUGUUGAGGGCCGCAACACACUGAAAUUAUUUAACGAUUAUUUGAAAACGGCAGGAAAUAGUGUGAAUAAAGUUUUAAAGGCUUUACAGGAGAUGAAUCGAGGAGACGCCCUCAAAAUACUAACAGAUAGUUUACCAAAUAUACGUAAAAAAUUUAAAGAAUCAGAGAGGAAGGAGAAGAAGGUACCAGAAGAGAACAGCUUUUGUGGUUUUCCAAGUGACUAUUAUCCUUCUUUGAUAAACGGGAAUACGUAUAUGGCCCCAACCAGUUCAUUCGUGCAUAACGGGUAUUUUUUGCCCAUCUUAGUAUCUCCGUCACAUAUGCCGUCCAUGAGGCCACCAUUUCAUGACUAUCAUAGUAACUCAAGAUCGCAUAAUGAAUCACAUCAGCCAGAUAAUUCUCCUCUCAAUCAACGACCUGUCAAAAAUCGUAAAGUACAACACCAUGGCGAUGGAUACGAUGGCUGCGAUCGCUCCCCGGUUUGUGACAACACCUCCUCGAUAUCUAGCUAUUUAAAUAAGCCGGCGGUUUCUCGCAGCACCUCACAUAAAGGCUUCGAUAGCAUGGAGGUUAAUUAUUGUAAAUAUAAUGAUCGCGAUUUUAGUCUUUCCAAUAAUGACAUGGAUAAUGAUAAUUUCCGACAUGAAACGCCAGCGGAAUUACCUCGCACGAUAUUGCGGGGUGAAGGGAAUCUGCUAUCUUCAAAUAUGUCGAUGCCCAACUCAAAAUCGCGACUUAGCUCCAAACGCUAUGAAAACUCCUCUUCGAAUUCGGAUGAUUCGUUUUCAUCUGAUUCAGAAACGUCACCGUGGGCCAACGGCAGAUCUAGUAGAGGUCAGGCGCUGAGAAAGAAACGCAGCAGUCGAACAGAACAAAGAAGUACCCCAUUGGAUAAUCUCCAUAAUCUGUCUCAAUUACCUCAAGAGUACAUGCCUGAUGAAAGUUACAAGACCGUGGUAGCUGAACAGAAAAUGGGGAAGCAUACACGAAGGCCAACUACCCUCAUCAAAACAGAGCAAGAUGUUGGUCGACAGUCCUGUAACCAUGGUAAUUUAUAUUCUAAGUUUCAAACCAAACGCAGUAUAUCAGAUUCUACUGGGGAGUCACAGGUUCGUUCUUUGGAUGAUGAGAGUGUGGCAGGCAUCGAGAGAGAAAUGAAGAAAUCCUUAUCGUUACCAGGCAACAAGAUGCCAGCUGAAUUUAAAAAGGCUUUCAGUAAAGUCCUUGUUACAUUCGCUUAUGAUAGUGAUAAGCACAUGCAGAGAGUCCUCAGUCUGUGUAAUUGUAUUGAAAAAAAUGGUUUUAAGUGCUGUGUGGAUAUUUAUAAUCGCAAUCAUAAAAGUGGAAAAAAUGGCAAAAGUGAAAAAUUAGCAUUUUAUAAAGAGAAAUUUGAAGAGGCUGAUUUUAUUUUGGUUUGUCCGUCUAAAAAAUAUCACAAAGAUACCUGUGAUGAUAGUCGAUCAAAGGAUUCGUCGUCAUCAGACGGUCUUCACACCAAAUUUAUUUAUGACAUGAUGUAUAGGGAGUUUAUACAGAAUGGUAAUAAUAACAAACGUUUUGUACCCGUGAUACUCGAGGGAACAUCACACGACGAUUUACCUCGAUGGUUAUUGAAUCAGACUGUAAAGUACACAUGGCCGUCACAAUACAAAGAUUUGUUGUGGAUGUUAACACGACCAGAAGAACGCAUAAAUCGUCAUGGAAACAGAAGAAGUUAAUGUCCCUAAGUUAAUUGUUUUGAUAGAAUAUUAUUGGUAAAAUGAUCAAAGAAUCCUAAAAUGUUGGGCAUAUUACAUUUUGUCACUAAAAUUAUUAUUUCAAGGUCUCCUAAUUGUGUGAGUAAAACUAUAACUUUUUUUCAAAAUCCUGUGGAAAGAAAAUAUUCAAUUUUAGUUUGAUUUCAAUUUCAUGGAAAUCCUUUAUGUCAAGCCUUUCUAAAAAAAUUUGUGCUUAGAAGAAAAAUUUGUCAAAAACUAAAUCUGACUAGAGUAAAAAAAUUAUUGUUUAAGAUGAUUAUAGCUAUUCAUUUUAAGAAUUUUUAAAAGAUUAAAUAUUAUUUCUAAUUUCUGUUGGCUACGAAAUUAAUAAAAUACACUGUAGUUUAGACAAACUGACACAAUCAUUUCAAAAUUAUCACAAACUUUUAUGAAAGAGGCCACAUAAUGUAAAUUAAAUAGACUUGAAAGUACAUCUGUAAUGCCUUUGGUAUAUGUAAUGCUACAUUGUGAUUUCACAAAAUUUAUUUUAUGAAAGAGGACACAUAAAUAAAUACACCUGAAAGUACAUAUGUAAUGCCUUUGGUAUACGUAAUGCCCCUCUGUGAUUUUACAGGUUAAUGGAGUUUUAAAGGGGUAUAUGAUGAUAAAUCUGUCACAAACUUUUAUGAAAGAGGACACUUAAUGUGACUUAUAUAAUUGACAUCUGGUAAUGCUUUUGGUGUAUGUAAUGCUCCGGUAUCAUUUCAUUGGUUAAUUAAUGUUGGAUCUAUGAAGUGUAAAAGUAAUAUCUGGCUUUAACAUGAGCUGAACUUAAACCUACAUAUAUAUAUUGUCACAACCAGUAUUACUUUUUAAACCUAUUAAAAUCGGUCUGACUGUCCAUCACACAUUUUGCCCACAAUAACUCUGCUGUAAUUGAGCUAGAAUUUUCAAACUUGGUGUUUGAAAUGCCUUGACUGAGUUUGAUGAUGAACAUUUUCUGCUUAGGCUAAUCAGAGAUACACAAUUUGAUAGGUCGAUGCUUUGGGACAUGAUAACAUUGCUUCUAAUGAAUGAAGUCAGGGUUAUGAAACUUGGUGCACUGUUUCAUUACAUCAGUAUCUUGACUGAUUUUGAUGGUGCGCAUUUUCGACUCAGUUUAAGCAAUUUGAUUGGUCAUGACUUUGAAGCUGAACAACUUUGAUUCCAAUUGGGUGAAAAUGGUGAAACUUGGCGUAUAUCAUUACAUAUAUACCUUGACUUAGUUCGAUAAUGCACAUAUCCUAUAGUUUCAGUAAAUCAGUACCAUCGGUAAGUUCAAUAAUGAACAUUAUCUGUGUCAAUGUUUUGGGACAUGAUAACUUUGAUUACAAUUGAGUGAGAAUGAUAAAACAUGGUGUAUAGUUUCAUUACAAUUACAUCAAACUCAGAGUAUAGUUUCAGUACUUCAAUACCUUGACUGAUUUCGAUGAUGAGCAAUGUGAUUGGUCAAGACUUAAAGCUUGGCAACUUUGAUUUGAACUGAGUGAGAAUGGUGAAACUUGGUGUAUAUCUAAAUGAUCCAUGCUUUAUAAAAACAAGAUAGAUAUUGAAUUAAAAAAUGGCAUCUAAUUACUUUUUCAAUCUGAAUUUCAGAUCUUUAAUUUGGUCUAUACUAUUUACUGGAAAACACCAUGUUAUACUGAAUACCGGAAAACACCAGAAAAACACUUAAUACCGGAAAACACACUAAAUACCGAAAAACGCCCUAAAUAGGUAACCUGUAGAAAGGCUAUAAUAUAAACUGGAAACUAGACCUAACCCUAACCCAGGCACACACAGGACGAGGGCGCCGGGUUACCUAUUUAGGGUGCCAGUCUCCGGGUUACCUAUUUUGGGUAUUUUCCGGUAUUUAGUGUUUUUUCCGGUAUUUAGUGUUUUUCCGGUGUUUUCCAGUAUUCAGUAUAAGAUGGUGUUUUCCGCUUGUUUUCCGGUAUAUAGUAUUGCCGUUUAAUUUCAAGGAGACAAAUAACUAUAUGAACCUUUAAAAUUAGAUAAAAGAAUUAGAGUUUUGAUAUUAGGUGUUCGAAUAAAUGUAAAAUUAUAACAAUUUAUGUUUGAAUUUUGUGGGCUAUUAUAAAUAGUUAUAUGAACAUUUAAAUUAAAAAAAAAAAAAAGAAAUAAGAGUUCUGAUAUGAAUUAUUCAAAUAAAUGUAAAUUUAUAACAAGUUAUGAUUGAAUUUUGUGUAUAAAUAAGUAUUAUAUAUCCAUAUAAUGUAUGUUGUUUAAAUUUUGUGUAUCAAUAAGUAUUGUAUAUCAUCCCUAAUUCAAUGUAUAAUCAAUCAGUGCUAGUGUUAUACCCCUUUCUGAUACAUGUAAUGUAUGUUGUUAAUUGUUAUAUUAUUUGUUUUGUAUAUAGUCAAAACUGUAUAUUCUGUAAAUACGAUUGUUAAAUAUAAUAUAACCAUCAGCUUCACUUUUUACCAAAUUUUAAAUAUUUUUAAACUGAUAGUAAGUUUAGAAUUUAGUCAUAGGAUUGCAGGCAGCAAGUAGUACAAUCUGAUUUUAACACAGAUCCUAUUUCGUUUCGUUUUUUAUAGUUCAAAAUUUCGUUUUACUUGGGGGGGGGGUUGGAUGGCUGAAUGGUUAGCACGUGCGCGCUUUAUCAUAAAGCCUGUCAUUGAGUCAACUGGCGUGGUUUCGAAUCCCCGGUUGUACGUGACAAGUAGGGUCGCUGUCCAACCUCGUGGGUUUUCUUCGGGUCCUUCGGUUUCCUCCCACUGCUAAAGACCCCUACGCGCAAGCGAAUUAUUGAAAUAAAAUUAAACCAUAUGUUAGUCCAAAAAUGACCUAGUUUGUGUCGAGUGGACGUUUAACCCCAUUUCUCUCUCUCGUUUUACUUGUCUUUACUACACUAGGGUCUGGAAGAGUUGUUAUAUAACAGGCGUUCUAGUUGAUGUGAUUAAUUAGCCAGUUUAACGGUCUAUUACGGUGAGUUCUUGACGUGCCCAGCACGGAACUGUUGGUAAACCCCUAGAAACGUCAACGCUGAUUGAUUCAUCAAUGUCUGAUGUCAUAGGGUCAAAAGCCGCUCGUAUGACCCCUGACACGACCUCCCAGUACAACUGGUCAGAUCUUCAUGUAGUGUUGGCCAUCGAAAGUAUAAAAAAACCGAAACGAAAUAUACAUCUGUAUUUUAAUCAGAUUGCAGUCAGCAAGUAGCAUAACUUUUCUCUAUUGAAUACAGAUAAGAGAUAAUACUGUGUUGAUUUCAAACACACAGGUACAUUUAUAAUAACCAAAGUUAAAUAGUUUGUUCGUAAUCGAAGAAAUACAUUUAUAAAAUAGGAAUUUUCGGACAAUAACUCUUAUACUACGAUCUUGUGUAGUUAUUAAACUUUCAAUUAUGAAAAAAAUAGCUGCAAUUGUUGAUUCAUUUUGUAAAAUACAUUUUAUGCAUGUUUAGUUAACAAAUCUAAAAUAACCAAGGCAUGUUUCAGUUGUCCAAUCCGCUAUGAUAUUAAGAACUGCUCUUGUUUGACAUGUUGGAUCGUAAAAAAUGUAGCAACGUUUCCAUGGCAAUAUUUUGACAAACAGUCAUGGUCAUAUAAAUCUGUGGUUCUCCCUUGUCAGUGAUACAGAACGGAGGGCCUGACAAGGACAGCUGUCUAGUCGUUCGGAUGGGACGAAAAACCGAGGUCCCGUGUACAUAUUGGCGUGCACGUAAAAGAUCCCUUGACAGCUAUUCCAUAUUUUCUCUGGCAGAGUUUUUUUUCUUCAUUUACCUAAAUAUGAUUUUUAUUUUCUCACCCAAAAUGUUUUUGCUCAAGUAAAUAUUAGCAUUCUGAUGAUCAAGUUAUGAGUGCAAUGAGGUGUGGUUACUGCCCACAUUUAAUUUGAUUCAGCUGGCUGUAUUUAUUUAUUAUAACCUCUCUCUCUCUCUCAAAUGAAAUUGUACCAUAUGAAAUUAAACCAUGUUAGUCCCAAAAUGAGUUAGUGAUGCAUUGACUCUCUCUCUCUCUCUCUCUCUCUCUCUCUCUCUCUCUCUUUCUCUCUCUCUCUCUAUUACUAGCAUGUAGUCACCAGGAGUAUUUUAAUCAGACGGAAUUGAGUUAUACAAAAAAAAUUUCCUUGGAAAUUUACGACUUUGAAUUGAAAAAUGGCAAAUGUGCAAAGAUAACAAAGUUAUCGAAAAAUAGUCAAGGGCUAUUGGUCAUCUGAUAGACCAUAAAUUGUUAGGAUUUUUAAAUGGAUAGAUAGAUUAAGGAGAAGGUUAUGACCCAGGGAUCUUAAUCAGCAGGUUUUUUUUGUGGCCUUUAGCAGCUUGAAGUUCAAUCAAGCCAGUUAGUAAAACAAUGACCUAUUGUCAAGAAAUAACUUCAGAUUUCUUUAUAAUUAGCAUUAAAUGCAUACAAACCUAUUAGCAGUUUGUUCAUGUAAAAAUAGACUAUCCCGGUUCUUUAAAGAUUAUUUGUGACGCAAGCCUUAUUCAAUAGUUCGUGGAAGUGUCACAGCUAUCCAUAUGAAAGUGUCAUUUUGGGCCUGUCGAAGCACAGCCCUAGAUACUGGCAGUUCAAGUGCUAACCUGUUAAGAAAAGGAUUUUGUUACGACAGGCUCACAUGUCUGCAGUGGAUAUUUGAUAUUAUUUGUUAAAGCAAAAAAAGUAAAUGUAUUUAUUAAUAAAUAUUAAUUUAUCAGUAUAAUUUUCCACGUCUUGUGACCUGGUGACCUUUCGCUUGUCUCAGCAUUGUGUAUUAUUAAUUUUAAUGUGUAAAUAUAAUUCUAUGUACAAUUCAUAAUAUCGUAUUGCCUGUCCCAUUGACAAUAAAACAUCCAAUGCAACCAUUUCAUUGACUAAAAACAACCUUGGACAUAAGACACCUGUUACAACUGGCGGGUUGGAUAGCCGAAUGGUUAGCACGUGCGCGCUGUCAUUGAGUCAACUGACGUGGUUUCGAUUCCCCGGUUGUACAUGACAAGGAGUAGGGUGGCCUGUCCAACCACGUGGGUUUUCUCCGGUUUCCUGCCACUGCUAAAAACCCCUACGCGCAAGCAAAUUAUUGAAAUAAAAUUGAACCAUGUGUUAGUCCCGAAAUGACCUAGUUUGUGUCGAGUGGACGUUAAACCCCAUUUCUCUCUCCCCCUGUUACAACUAAAUCAUCAUACUUUUUUAUUAUUAUUAUAAUAUAUACAUCCGGGGUUUGUAUAUAUAUAUAUAUACUGGUUGUAUGUGACAAGGAUUAGGGUCGCCUUUCCAACCUUGUGGGUUUUCUCCGGGUCCUCUGGUUUCCUCCCACUGCAAAAGACCCCUACGCGCAAGCAAAUUAGUGAAAUAAAAUUGUACCACAUGUUAGUCCCGAAAUGACCUGGUUUUUGUCCAGUGGAGGUUAAACCCCAUUUCUCUCUCUCUCGUGUACACAUUGGCGUGCACGUAAAAGAUCCCUUAGCAGUUGGAAUUUGAUAUAAGAGUAGGCCGUAGCGCCGCUGCCAGGGCAAAAAAUUCCCUCAGCACUCCACUCACUGUAUGGCGUAUGCCCGUCUUCAUUAGCCCAGUUUAGGAGCAGAACAGUAGGAUGUUAAACCCCAUUUCAUUUCAUUUGUCUCUGUCUCUCUCUUGUAUAUAAAUUAACUAGCAGAAUGCCCGGCUUCGCUCGGGGGUCAUAACUCCAAAACCGGAAGUGGUAGACUUAACGCCACCUGGCCUAUGUUACUCCCCGGUCCAAGCUACCCCUAUACCCCAAAUUUCAGACUCGGGGCAGACCUAGUGUAGCCGCCAACCCCGAACAAACAGACAAACGACAGUCACAAAUAUUAGUAUAGAUAGAUGUUGUGGGAUCAUUUGUACCAGACCAAGUCGGUAUAUUAUAUACUUUCAGGCUUAUAUAUAUAUAUGUGGUAGCAUAAUUUGUAUGGACAAAGACUGUGACAGGUGUUUAAUGUCCAAAUUUGGCUAAGAGGUAGAAAUUUAUAAACAAAUUCUAGUCUUCAACCAAUAAAAAAGGCCUCAGAUAAUCUGUGACAGGUGCCUUAUCUCCAGAUUUCGCUCAACUAAUAAAAAGCCCACAGAUAAUCAUUUUGUUCUCUUGUCUCAAACAUCCCAUGUUUUCAUUCAAGAACAAAACAUACCAUUGGCCUUAUUCAUGAAAAUUUAAAAUAACUUGUUUUAAUAAUGCAUGCUUUUCAUUGGCUAAGAGCUCAAAUUAGAACACAAAUUUCCACCCGCAACCAAUGAAAAGGCUACAUCCUUGAGAUGUUUUGGUUCAAAUUUUCAUGAAUAGGGCCUCAUGUUUUCAUUCAAGAGAGAUAAUCCUUGCAAAAUCAAAGGGCAGACAACUCUCUGUUGUUUUUGUUUGUGUUGUUCCCCAUUAUUUCAAUCCACUAAUUAAUAAUGUAUGACAAUAAAUACUGUAAAUAUAAACAA